CCUCAUUACUCACUUUCUCUUGACGCCAUGAUCGGCUCAAAGAAACUGAUUGCCAUUGUGAGGAAGUGGCAGAAGAUACCCUGUAUUGGGCGGAGGCCAUUCUUGCUUCCUGGGACGUACCACCGCAAACUUCCACCGAGCAAGGGCCACUUUGUAGUAUACACUAUGGACAAGAGACGGUUUCUUUUUCCCUUGGCAUAUUUGCGUACCAACAUUUUCCAGGAGCUGUUUAGGUUAUCAGAGGAGGAGUUCGGACUUCCGAGGGACGGACCAAUUACUCUGCCAUGUGACGCAGCAUCAAUGGAGAAAGUAGCGUCCCUGGUUCGAAGACCAGUGCCUAAAAAGCUACAGAAGGCAUUGCUUGUAUCAAAUUUUGAUAUUACGUUGCCGUUGGUCUUUCAAGAUGCUGCCGCAGAUCUUCACCAUGCUGCCAAGAUCCGGCGGCCUUCUUUCUCCUCCGGCGGAUCUGUGGCGGCGCGCGCGAGGACUGCCAGAUCUGACGCCCACCGCGGCUCCCCUGCUGGUUCCGAGGCGACGGCAAGCUUGAUCGGGAUACCGCCUGGGUAUCUUGCCGCCACCCCCCAGCCAAAACGACGUUGUUUUGGCUGGGGAUUCUUUCUUUUUUUUUUUUUCCUUCUUGCAUAAUGUACCGGUCAAAUUCGGAUGUACCGGCCGGUACACAAAAUUCCGGCCGGUACACCGGAUUUUGACCGGAACGGCCGAAUUUUGACCGAAACGAAAUUUAACAUUGUACCGUUUCGGUCAAGUGUCAAAACCGGUACGUACCGGUCGUACCGACCGGUACGGUACGAGAUUGACACCUUUGGUUUCGCUGCCUUCAGUAAUAUUUCUUUGUAAUCGGAUUGCUUCCUUUCCUUUAUAUUUGUUUUCCAGAUUUCCUUUAAUUUAAUCAAAUGAUGUCGACAUU